AUGCCCAAAUCCACCGGUCCCCUCAGCGAACAACUCGGCCUCGGCACCGCAAACCAAUCUACACCAAACAACGCAACACAACCCGGCAACAUGACGGACAAGACCACCGCUGCCGCUGACAAGCUCGGCGCAAACAAGGAUACCAAUGCUAUCCCUAGCCAGAACCCUAGCGUGAUUAGCAGCGCAGGUGCUAUUGGAAAGCAGUUCAACCCUGACGGCGCUAUUGGUCAAAUCGGCGAAGCGGUCGGUGGACCUUUCAGCAAGGACGGCGUUAUCGGAAGCCAGUUCGAUGCGAGCAAGAAUGGUAUCGCUGGACAUGUCGAGAGGGCUGUUGAUGGACCCAGCAACCCUGCUGGAAGCUCAAAGUAA